AUGGACUCCUACUGGCAUGCUCACAAGUCCCGCGGGAACACCACGGCUAUGGGCGACGCCGUGAAGCGCACGGCCACGCAGAGGUUCUUCGACAUCAUGGAGAGCAAGGAAGUGAUCGAGACCUCGCUCGGGCACGAAGUGGGUGCACAGAGGGCGGCGAAGAUGUGGGCCGAGAAGGUCGACCUCGCACCGAGCUCAGCCAAGAUUUCGGAGACGUACGUUGACGCCUGCUUCACCGUGGGGGCUAGGCUCAUGAACAACGACCAGACUCAGAAGAUCGUGGUGGAGGCCGACUCGAACGGGACUACGCCAUUCGAUAGCAUCUAUAAGUAUGAGGCGGUGGUCAAGAGAGCUCAGUCAGGUAACCUGAUCCACUGGUGCACGGCUGGGCUGCUGGACCUGGUGAUGACCAAGAUGACCGCGGCCGGCGAGGUCAGCCUUCGCCAGCUGGCUGGUCGCGGACUCCCUGGAGGGAAGGGACUGUUAGACCUGCUGGUUGCCGAGAACGAGCUCGGGCACUGCAUCAUCAAGAAGAUGCGUGACAUGGGCCUCCGCGCAUCGACGCUCCAGAGGUUGGAGACGUGGAUCGUCGGGCACGACGCCUACCGCGCCAUGGUCGGGUACAAGGCUGGCAAGAAGAGGCAGUCCUCUAAGUUGGCCGUCGCUCUGUUCGAGGACUGCGUUAUCAAAGUUGAUUUCGACUUGCAGGUCAAGCAGCAGAAGAUCCAGGGCUCGCCGGUGGGUGAGGUUCUCGAGAGGUCACCGUUGAAGGAGAAGGUCGACGCCAUCUACACUGCCCUCGUGGCGGAGGGCGACGCGGUGCCGAAGGAUAGCACUGUGGAUGUCACAAUGCAGGACCUCCUCUCCGACGAUGGCGACGAGGCUGACGAGAUGAUGGACCCCGUCAAGAGCAAGCUCGCAGACCCCGACAUGCAGGAGCAACUGAAACCCUGGGCACUUUACGUGGAUAACAAGUACACCAGGGUUGCGAAGAUCAUCGUGGACCCGCAGUCCUCAACAGGCGUGUCAGAGGCGCUUUCCACGUGGUGGGAGGGGCUCGACAUGCAGCUCGCCAAGGAAUCGGACAUCGUCGUUUUCUAUGACCGCGAGCUUUCUGGGCACCCGAACGCGCGCGGGCGCCUCCGCAUUGUUCACUUCAGGGAUGCGCACUACGAUCGCAUGAUCAAAGGAUCGCUGGCUGCCCUGACUAAGGACGAUCAGCCGGAAGACGAGCUGCCCCCGAACCUGGUCUACUGCGCCUUCGACGGUGGCGUGCACGGGAACGAACGCAAGUUCGGCAAGUCUUUUCAGACCAAGGACGGGAAGGCCUUCAAGAAGGACAAGCGCAUCCUGUUCUUGCAGACCACCGAGAAGUCCUUGAAGGAGCAUAGGGGCAACUAUUCUGGAGUCUACGGGCCCCCCGCGAUGGAGUUCGUUUUCCAGUUCAGCAAAGGUGACCCCAUCCCUGAGAAAAAGAAGGUGUACAGCGAGGGCUCCAACAAGGACCCAGUGAUCGGCAACUUCGACAAGCCGCCGAAGAACGAUCCGCUCACGUGGAUGCAGAAGCAGAACGAGAAGGCGGCCUUGUACAACUCGGCGUGGAUAUUGGCUGGAGGGGCAGUUGCCGGCGACGACGCCAAGGCCGACCCUGGGCCACGGGGCAAGGACACUGUGCCUUUCAACUACCAUGGCAUGAACAUCAAAGUGUACAAGGAGGUGACCAGUGGAGUGAACGGCGUGGUCAAUAUCGACCUCACGUGUUGCAACGGGUCGCUCGCGCUUCACUCGCUGAUCGAGGACGCACCCUACUUCGGAGUGUGCUACUCGGAAGACCAGAAGGUGUAG